AACUUUCAGUAAAUAACAAAGAUAGAACGACGCUCGGUGCACAUGGGUGAUGUUCUCGAACGCAGCCCUGAUGCCCUGAUAUUACAUAUGUCGUGUAAUAGCUUGCCAAGAUAAUCGUCGCCACUCCUGUCAUUUAGAUUUCAAAGACUUUCGAAGAAAAUUUUAUUAGUAUCGUCAUGCCACGUCAAAUUAUGAGUUCGAAUAUCAAUUCUUGCACUGAAAAUAAGUGCCGUGCGUGUAUGAAGGAAGGUGGCAAAAUGUUGCCCAUGUACGACAAAACUACCAGCAAGAUUAAUUUAUCAUAUAAACUCGCGGAACUCACAUCUAUUCAGAUUGACAAGUUUGAUGGACUGCCCAACAUGCUCUGUUCUAAAUGUGCUUACCGAACUUAUGUUUUGUAUAACUUUAGAUUAAAAGUACAAGAGUCAGAUAAGAAAUUCAGGAUGAUACUCGAAAAUCAAAUGGUCUCUGUUAAGAAAGAACCAUUAGAUGAUAAGGACAAUGAAGAUAGCAUUGUACAAACAGAUGAAUCCUUAGAAUUGAAUAUAUCAAAUGUUAAAUCUAUACACAAUGUUGAGUUUUUGGAGAAUCUAAAAAUUGAUGAGACAGUUAAGAGCGAGCAACAAUAUGAAUCUCAUAUACCUCAGUUGCUCGAAAAUGGCAAUAAAGAAAAUAAUAAUAAUCUGCAAUUGAAUGAACUUUUUCAUAAUAUUCUACAAGAAAUUAGUGAGAAUCAAAGCAUGGAUGCUCAUAUUGUAAAAACAGAUAUACCUGAGGAAAUUUCGAAAAUACUCGCGUCGCAGGAUAUUACAAUAAUGUACGUACCACAUGAUCAUGACUCUGUGAAUGAAUCAAUGUCUGAAUCAAUAUUUGUAGAAAACAUAUUAGCAUCUGAUCAAAAGCAAGAAGAAAUUGAAAAUGUUAAUAACACAUUUGCUUCUGCAAUGGAAAUCUUAGAUGAAGAAAAAGAUGAUUCAAGCAAUGUACGCAUUUCCAGUCCUGUGGAAACUAAUGUGGAAGCUAAAAAAAGUAAACGGGUCUGUAGUGAACGUGUGGACGAUGACAUGCAGAGCAAAAAUAAGCAAUUCAACAAGAGUAAUUCCAACAUUGAACAAUUUGCAAGAACGGAAGACAGUGAUGAAUCUGAUUCUGAUUAUUUUAUCGAUGCUAAAGAUAACAUAUUGGGGAGUGUGAACGAUGCAAUCGUACGGAUAAGAGAAGUUAAACAGGAACAUGGGAUCGAAUAUCAAUGCACAUUGUGUCAGCAGAACUACGAGGAAUUAUCGUCUAUGUUACUACACACCGUCGAUAAUCACGUCUCUAGCACUGGUCCAUUCUUCUGUAUGGUGUGCGAAAAGGAUUGUGAGAGUCAUCGGGAGUUGCGAGCGCAUGUGAAAACGCACACUGGACGGGAACCGUAUUCCUGCUUCAUUUGCAGGAAGGGAUAUGCCAAGAAAAGAUAUUUGAAGAGGCAUAUGAUGUGUCACCCCGACUUUCCGCGGCAUCGUUGUUCAAAAUGCGGUUGUCGCUUUAAAGCCAAGUCGGAGUUGGAGUCUCACAUGAAGACACAUAGUGUACCCUACUCUUGCGAUCAGUGUCCACGUGUAUUUAAUCACAAAGGCAAUUAUAAGCGACAUCUAGUCAGUCAUUUGGAUCCCCAAGGCCUUUACUUACCUAAGUAUCCAUGCAGAUAUUGUGGCAAGCGCUUUCCCAACAAUCGUACACUGGAAACGCAUAUUCGCGUACAUACUGGUGAAAGGCCAUUCAAGUGCCAGUAUUGCGAGAAAUCAUUCUCACAGCGAGGUAAUCUGAUAAAUCACACAAGGAUACAUUCAAAUCCACGUAGCUACACAUGCGAAGUCUGUGGCAAAAGCUUUAAUCAACGUGCUACAUUAAGAGAUCAUGGACUGUUACAUACGGGCGAGAAGCCUCAUGUGUGUAACGUUUGUGGCAAGGCGUUUACAGUUAGUGCGGCAUUGAGAAGACAUAUGUUCAAUCACGCGGAAAACAAGCCAUUCAAAUGCGAAACUUGUAAUAUGGGAUUCGUCGGGAAAUAUGAUCUACGACGACAUAUGAGGGUGCAUGAGGAUCGGCCUAAGGAGAAACGGAGAAGAAACACUAUGUCAAAGUCAAGCGAUUUAGUCCAACAAGAAUCGGAGGAAAGUCUUGCUGUAAUAGAGGAACCGGGUACUGAAACUGUACUUAUAGAACAAGUGUUUUUACCUCAAAAUGUUACGCAAAUAGUGGUAAAUCAAGUUGAAUCAGAGAAAGAAAAUGAAGACGCAUUGUUCAAUCUUCACUGUUACAAUUCAACUCUUAUACAAUAUAGCUAAUAAUAUGCAUAAUAGAUUAUAGACUAUACAGGAUGAGUAAUUUAAAUAAAAUGAGAUAUUUUUAUUUUGAAUAACUAAAAUAUAUACAUUGUAUAAAAGAAGUUUUAUACAAAAGUUAUAAAAUCUUGAUAUUUUUUUAUGGAGAAUGAUGAGAAGAAUUGAUAUAUGUAAAAAAAUUCUAUGAUACCAUUUAAAGAGGCAAAAAUAAUCUUUCUUGGCAUAAAUCUGGGCAGCGUUUAGCAUUUUUAAUGUGCUGACUAGAAUUACCCGCCCCCCCCUCCCCCCUCCCCCAUAGCUUCCAUAAAAUAUUUUUUUAUACAAUACAUACUUUAAAGUUAUUCGAGAUAAAAAUAUAGAAACAGUGAUAUAUCCUGUAUAAUAAGAAUUGCUAUUAAUAACUA